AGGCAGUUGAAGCCUAGAACAGUUACCAAAAAUACAAAUCCCUAAACAGAAAAAAAGCACACAGAUCAAAUUCCCAAAAUGGCAGCCACCGUGACUCCUAUUCGCGCUGUCGGAAUCCAAGCAAGUGCCGCCUCCGACCGCCGUAAAUCCGAUCCCGACCGCCGAAGAAGCUCCAACGCCAACUGGUGGACCCCGCUGUUCGGUUGGUCCUCCGAACCUGAUUACAUUGAUACAAACAACAAAGCAACCAGUCGGUCGGAUUCGAACCUGGCGGUGGCGGAGGCGAAGUCUUCGAGACCACGGUUCGCCGGCGGGUUCACAGAGGAGAAGGCGAGGCAGCUCCGGAUGAUGACGACGGGGACAGAGACCUUUCACGACACCAUGUAUCAUUCCGCCAUCGCUUCUCGGCUCGCUUCCGAUUUCAAUCUCUCCUCCGAACAGUGACUUCUCCGGCGCUGGCAGCAGCUUAUCCUCCUUUUCUUUCUGUACGUUUUUUUUUAAUUUGUGGAUCUGUCAGGUUUUAGUGGUGACGCAUGGUGAUGAACCGGACUGUUUUAGAUAAUUGUAAAAUUUGAUGUUAGUGGUGUAUAUAAUAAGGAUCUUAUGAUUAUAAUCAUAAAUUUAGUAAUUUGAUAAA